AUGGAGCCCGUGGCCCUGCAGAGCCUGUCCGAGCUGGAGAGGGCCAGUCUGCAGGAGCUGGCGCUGUUCAGGCUGCAGGAGAGGCUGCCCGGGGGACACCUCAGCCUGGCCAGAGAUGGCUCCAAAGGCAUUAAAUCCAUCCGGCAGAAGCUGGAGAGCUUCUCCAAGGAGAGGAAAGACUGCUCUCCCCACACCUUCGGGGUGCCGCUGUGCCAGGUCAUCGCCCACGACCGCGCGUGCCGCCAGCUGCAGGAGGCCGUGGGCAGGAGCCGCCGGCUGUGCCUGCAGGUGGAGGCCACGGUGACGAGGUUCCGCGCUCAGAGGCACAAGAGGAUGGGGAUGGGCAGCAGCUGCAUCCGAGCUCCCCACGGCGGCUUCCCCGAGGAGCCGCUCUCCCCGGCGGCUCUCCUGGACAAGAGCUCCUGGAGCCAGCGCAGGGGGGCCAUGUCCGUGGAUUCCAUCACGGACCUGAGUGACAACGCGUCCGAGCUGCUGGAGGCCCUGCAGCUCUCACACCCCCACGAGCUGGACCCUCGCAGGAGCCGCGCCAAGAAGAAGCAGCUGAGCCUGAACCCCAUCACCUGGCAGGUGCCACGGAUCGUGGACAGGUGCUGCACACACCUGGAGACGCACGGGCUCCAAACCGUCGGCAUCUUCCGCGUUGGGAGCUCCAGGAAAAGAGUCCAGCAGCUGAGGGAGGAGUUCGAUCAAGGGCUGGAUGUUUUCUUGGAUGAGCAUCAGAGUGUUCAUGAUGUGGCUGCCCUGCUCAAGGAGUUUCUCCGGGAUAUGCCCGAUUCCCUGAUUCCCAGAGAGCUCUAUGGAGCCUUCCUGAGCACAGCCAGCAUGGAGGGGCCAGCCCAGCUGGACACCCUGCAGCUGCUGCUGUUCCUGCUGCCCCCGUGCCACAGCGACACCCUGCUCCGGCUCCUGCGCUUCCUGGCCCGGGUGGCCCAGCACGCCCAGAGCUCCUGGGACCCCGAGGGCCGCGAGAUCCCUGGGAAUAAAAUGACAGUGUCAAACCUGGCUACGGUCUUUGGUCCCAACAUCCUGCAGAAGGAGAAGCCUGGAGAGAAAGAUGCCGGUGCCCUGAACUUUGAGGACAGUGCUGCCAUAAUCCUGGUGCUCCAGAGGCUGAUCGAGCACCACCACUCCCUGUUCAUGGUGUCCCCAGAGAUGCAGUGUGACGUGCUGAGGAGGCUGUUCCAGACAGACCCCGAUGUCAUCGAGUACCUGCUGCGCAGGAAGUUCCCUGACCUGCCGAGCCCAGAUCUCGAGGAUGGCGGGGAGGAGCGAGCUCCAUCCGCAGCGCCCGGCUGGACACGCAGCCUGGAGCGGGGCUCGGUCUCCUCGGGGCUCUACAGCAGCGUCUCCUUCCUAAACCUGGAUGUCGGCAUCUAGCGAGCCCCAGGACACCUCCAGGCAGCUUUUCCUCCAGAACCCAGCCCCUGGCUGACCGUGGGGGCAGAGCUGCCCUCGGGGGUCCCCUGCCAGGCUGGCACCCCCCGGCAGGUCCAGCUGCUGCCACGCUCUGGGCACUGCCCUCCCCGGCCACCUCCUCCUCCUGGGAAUGGAUCUCCAGCCCUGGGCCUCGGGAAUGGAUCUCCAGCCCUGGGCCUCGGGAAUGGAUCUCCAGCCCUGGGCCUCGGGAAUGGAUCUCCAGCCCUGGGCCUCGGGAAUGGAUCUCCAGCCCUGGGCCUCGGGAAUGGAUCUCCAGCCCUGGCCCUGCAGGAACUGGAGCUUCCCCCUGGGGAGGACAGGCUGGGGGAGCUGGGACUGCUCAGCCUGGAGAAGAGACGGCUCACAGGGACCUUAUCCAUGGAUCCAAGUGCUUCUGCAAGGGCCUGGCUGACAGGACACAGGGAAUGGCUUCCCAGGGCCAGAGGGCACGGCUAGGUGGGAUAUUCAGAGGAAUUCUUCCCUUUUGAGGGCACUGAGGCCCUGGCACAGGCAGGGACACCUCCCACUGCACCAGGCUGCUCCAAGCCCCGUCCAGCCUGGCCUGGAACACGUCCUGGGAUGGGGCAGCCACAGCAGGGCACUCUGAGGGGAAAAAACCCAGUACUUCUGCAAACAGUAUUCCAUAUUCCAGCACAGCCCUCACCCUGGUCUGGAGGCACCCAGACCUUCUCUGGUGCUCAGGGCUGGGCUCUGCUCCCUGCCCUGCGCUCGGGACGGGUGGGGAAGCGUUUCCCGUUGGAGCCUGUGCUGUGAGAUAGCUGCUGAGACCCCGGCAGCUGAUAAACUCCAGAGAGCAGCAGUGGAGUCUGGAGGAGCAGAUAAACGUGGGACACCGUGGGGCUGGGGGGGUUCCAGAGGCCACCGGAACACUCGAGGUCAGCUGUGAAACCAGCGCUGCGUCCAGCCACUGCUCUGGGCGGGACUGCAGCUGCUGCAAGAGCAGCCCCAGCCUUUCCAAUCCCUUCCUAGGGUGGAACAACACUGGCACGGGUCCCCAGAGCAGCUGGGGCUGCCCCUGGAUCCCUGGAAUGUCCCAGGCCAGUGCCACAGGGGGCUCGAGGGGGCUCGGGGAGCUCUGGGCAGUGCCGGCUCCCUCUGGCUACUACAGCACCACAAAAGUCGCCGUCGGGUGUCUAUUCCUGGCACUGUGGAUGGGAAAUUGCUGGAAACUCCGCUUGAGGGCAGCCUCAAGCCUGGCCACGGCCGCUGGAGCACACGGGGCUGUCUUGGAGCUGUCCUGUUCCAAAUAAACCCCUCGCCGGACCCUGCAGGGCUCAUUCGUGGGCUCGCCGUGGCUCUGGGGGGGCUGCCCGGCUUUUGGCUUCUGUUCUUGGGGCUCUGUGCCCUGCAAGCCUUGGGGGUGACCCCAGAAACAGCGGGGAGGGUUCUG